CCAAUACUUGUCAAAACAGCAACAAAAACGUAAACAGAUGACUGUCACCUAAACGUCAAAAAUGUGUUUUUGAUUAAAAUUCAAUACUUGGAUUAUGGAAGGUGUCCUUUGGAAAUGGACUAAUUACUGGAAUGGGUGGCAAACGCGGUGGUUCGUCCUCGAAAACGGGGUCCUUACUUAUUAUAAGUCGCAAGAAGAAGUGAACCAAGGUUGUAAGGGCUCUAUUAAAAUACAAGCAUGUGAAAUCAAUGUUAACCCCAUGGAUAGUACACGCUUAGAUCUUGUAAUUCCUGGUGAACAACACAUGUACCUUCGGGCCGCAACUUCACAGGAAAGGCAACAGUGGUUAGUAGCUCUGGGAAGCGCCAAGGCCUGUGUACAUAAACGAACGCGGAAUGAUACUAUUGUUUCAGCUGAGCCUAACCCUGAUGCCUUAAAGACGAAGAAGUCGGAACUAAGGCUUUAUUGUGAUUUGCUGAUGCAGCAAGUGCACGUUAUUAAAAGCGCUGCUACUAACGAAAACGGGCCUGAAGUUGAGAAAAUGGACGACGCUACGAGAUUAUUAGGCGCUACUUGUGAUACUUUCAUAAAGACAUUAGAAGAAUGCAUGAAGCUGUCAAACGCAAGUAUUGUUUAUGAGAUUACACCUAAGAAUGACGUUAUUUUGCCACCUACCGCUGUUAAUCCCUCCAGCAAAAAAAAGCAUUUGUUGAGAAGUAGUUCCACUGAUUCCUAAUUUCUGUUGUUGAAUUAUAGAAACACACUAAUCCUGUAGUUGUUGACAUGUAAUAUAGCAAUGUUUAUCAACGCGAGAAUUAGAUCUCUAUUUUUAAGUUGUGUUCAUAUUUUUACUAGAUGACUGGAACUCUGAGAUAGCCAAAGUAUUUAUAUAUUUUCUUCCAAAAAGGUGAAUAAAUGUGAUAUUUUUAACAUGCAAA